CUCUCUAUAUAUAUAUUAACCCUUCGUCAAAUCCUCCUCCUCAUCUUCUUCUUCCAGUUUAUUUUCUUCUCCAUUGCCGUUUAUUUCUGCAAAGAUACCAACAUGGAUAACUCUGUUGCCUUGGAAAGUAAUGACGAGUUCGCGAUGCAUCUUGAUUCAAUUUCUGGCUCAGAUCAUAUUCCUGAGAUACAAGAAGCAAUGGAAUGUGAUAAUUCAUGUUCACAUCCUGUGGUCCUGAAGCAAAUUUGUGUUACUUGUGAUCAAUCUGUGGAAAGUGAAUACGGCGUGUCGUUUGGCUAUGUAAGGCCAGGUUUAAGAUUUACCCAGAAAGAAGCUGAUCGAUUGCGUGAAAUAGGCACCAAUUACUUACUGAGCCAAAAAAGGUUGCUGUUAGUUCUUGAUUUAGACAACACCUUGAUUCACUCUGUUAAGGUUGAGAAUUUAUCACCAGAAGAGAAACAUAUAGAGAAUUUUGUCAAAGAUAACAAUGGAAAAAGAGGCCUGUUUAGCGUGCACUGUGUUCCUCCUCGUAUUGUCAAGUUAAGGCCUUUUGUUCAGAAAUUCCUGGAAGAAGCUAGCACUAUGUUUGAAAUGUACGUAUACACAACAGGUUCCAGAAGUUAUGCGAUGGAUAUGAUCAAAUUUCUUGAUCCUCAGAAUAAAUACUUCAAUUUGAAACUAAUUGCUCGAGAGGAUAGUACUCGAACGUUGACCAAGGAUCUUGAUGUUGUAUUAGGGGAGGAAAGAGCAGUUGUUAUUCUUGAUGAUACAGAACAAGCAUGGCCAAUGCACAGGGCUAAUCUGAUUCCUGUUCAGAGAUAUUCUUAUUUUGCAUUCAAUAACUCUGUUGGACGCAAGUUUAAAUCUUUGGCCGAGAGAAAGAUGGAUGAGGCUAAACAAGUUCUUGGUAGAUAUCUUGAAACUCUAAAGGGUAUCCAUUCUCAAUUUUUUGAUCAAGAACUUGGGGUUGAUCUUGCUACUAGAGAUGUUAGGGAGGUAAUAAAAAUGGUCAAGUCUAAUUCUCCCAAGGGGACUGAUGCUCUCAAAGGUUGUUCAGCAAAUAUUGGAAAGAAAAGUGAGCAGUUUGCACCUAAGAGACAGUGACAAAUGUCAAGGAGGCCAUUUAGAACUUCAAUGGCUAGAGAAGAUCCCUUUAAUAUACCAUUAAUUUGUAUGAGAUAUUAGUAAUCUGUAAACCUCUGAUGUACUGUCUGUUAGAAUUUUGAUUUUGAGAAAUUAAGCA